AUGAGUGGUCACAGCAAUGUAUUAAAGCCCAUAGGUUGUUGUCUCCACACUCCAUCUCCCAUUUUUGUGUAUGAAUUUGCCGCCAAUGGUGUCCUUGCAUAUCGAAUUCAUGUCUCCAGUGUUACUGAACGACAACAUGAGCCGAUGGUGUGGGAGAGAAGGUUAAAGAUUGCAAGGCAGAUUGCUCAUGCUCUUUCUUAUCUCCAUACUGCCUUCCCAAGACCUGUCAUCCACAUGAAUAUAGAUAUGCGCAGUAUCUUAUUAAAUGAACAUGAUGUUCCCAAAUUGUCCGGCUUUUAUUUUUCUGUAUCUAUUCCCGAAGGUGAAACUGACGUGGAAGUUCAUUACCGCUGUUUGAAUCCAAGGGUCUUUGCCCCAGAGUUUAAUGCAACAGGCAAGGUAAUGGAGAAAACUGAUGUAUUUGAUUUUGGUCGGUUUCUUUUUGAACUUUUAACUGGAGAGGAUUCUCAAGAUGGGGAAGGAGGGCCUAGCCUAGAGCAACAAUUACAAACUUUCCUGGACCUUGGCUUGGCAUGUACAGAGGAAGAUCCACAAAGAAGGCCAACUAUGGUGGAUGUCACCAAACAACUCAGGCAGAUUGAGAGGUUCACACAAACGGGUGAAGAGCUUGGGGGAAAUUUGCAGAAUUUAAAGCUUCUUGAGAGUUUUGAAGAGCAUGCUUCUACAUCAUUGAAAAGGAAUGCUUCUAGUGAUGAAAUCCAAGUAGUGAAUGAAGCCUCUGAAAGGCCUCUUGAAGUUUAA